AUGUUAGAAAAAACAAUAAGGAAUACCCACACUGGUUUAAGAUACCUUCCAACCAGAAUGAAAUGUGAUAACAUCACUGCAGCUGUUAUGGGAAUGUCGCCGGAACAGAAACAAGCAAUCUUGAGGAUGGGUUUUGGAUCAAUUCUGCAAGUGAAUAUUACAAGUUAUCCGGGACAACUUAGCUACUAUCUUUUAGAUGUUUAUGACGCAGAUAGUAAAAGACUUGUCCUACAAAACUCUGUUAUUGAGAUAACAGAACAAACAGUGCAUGAUAUGAUGGGGUUGCCAUUUGGUGGAGAAGACAUCAAUGAGUUACCAUUGUGUGAUAAGGGAAAUCAAAUUCUAGAGAAUGGAGGGGACAAUAUAGUGGUGAUAAGUUCAAUGUUGGUGUACGUGUAUAACAUGAAGUAUUCUAUCAAGAUAGACAAAAGGCUUCCUUUUAUUGGGCAUAUAAAUGGUGCUAAAUUGUUAGAGGUUCAAAAAUUAGAAAUCAGUUUGGGAGGGUUCGGGAGGCAGUUUCGGGAUGAGCAUGAUGAUGUCGAUAUGGUCGAUGAAACAGGAGCUGAAGAACAGCAAAUGCUAAGCUUUAAGAGGGAUUUUGGAGAUGAAGAGGUAAUAUAUGAGAAAAGUACUAUGGAGGUUGCGUUGAAGGAUGGGUUGUUAAAAUUCCCUCAUAGUGUGGUGCUGAAUGAGUGGAUGGAGAAAAUGAACGAACUUUUUAAGGGAGUAUUUAAAGGGGUAGGUAACCAAAAAGUGCAUGAGCCUGCCUGCUUUAAUGAGGUAAAUAUGAAUGAUGUAGGUGAUGGCGGUGAAGGAAAUAGUUCACCUGUUAGAGGAUUGAUACUUACUGAAGUAAAUACUGAAAAGGACGACAAUUAUACCACACCUGUUGAUACGACUUCUUUAACAAUGACUCAGUUUCAUCGACUUCCAGGGGUGAAUGACGAAAUGAUCAAGUUGUUGGAGGAAACUGAGUUACAAGUGUAUAAAAAGAAAAAGCAAAUGUCAGUAAUCAGUAGGGAUAAUCUGGUAGGAAGAAAUAUAAGAGAAGCUGUUGAUAAUGCUGGAGGAUAUGAUGAUAAUGACAAAAGGGAAAAACGCAUUCCUAAAAAAGCAAAAGUAUUUAAUUCGCCCUAUAUUGAAAGAAUUGUUAAGGUUGGGGAAAAACUGUCUAAGGAUGAAACAUGGAUGAGAUUUGGGACAUUGGAACAGACAGAAGAUAUAUUGAAUGAGCUAAAGUCGGAAGAUAUGAAAUGUAGGCUUUUUGCUACUUUAUUGCGAAUCUACACUAAGAAAUUUGACGUGAAGCCAAGUUUUAGAGACGUUGCACUUGUUUUCUUCCCAAUAGUUGAUGAUGGAAAGUAUUACUUACUCAUCUUUGAUCUGAGAUCAAGUUUGUACUACAUAGUAGAUCAUGUGAAGAGAACAGGAACUUUGGAAAGAAAGUAUGGCAUGAUACCAAACCUGGUGAAAAAACUGUUUUGCAACUACUUGACAUCACAACAUCAUCCAAUGGCAAAAACGUUAACUUUUAAAGCAGCACGUGUGAUGAACAUAUCUUGGCUAGUCGAAAAAGCUGGAACAGAAUGUGGAAUAUACCUCAUGAGGCAUAUGGAAACGUACAUGGGGGAAUAUGAAGGGCGUUGGGAGUGUGGUCUUACAGGUAAAAUGCCUGCUGAUGUGAGUGCUACAAUUAAGCUAAGGACAAAAUACAUGGCAAGAUUGUUGACAUCUGAUUUCAAUAAGUUCAAGAGUAUGAUAGUUAAAGAUAUUGAAGCGUUUCGUAAGCUUGAUAUUUUGGAACAAGAUAUGCUUCUAAGAGAGUCAGAUGAAAACAAGAAGAAAAAAAGAAAAACAAAGGGUCGUAGGUAA